GGCACUGCCGACGUGCAUAACAGCAGCAGCAGCAACGGCACGGGGAUGCACGGGUGAAGCAGGCAGCAUACGGUCAUGGAAGGCAUCGAGACCGACUCUGGCGCACAGUGGCACAGCGCCAGCACCACCUCGUCGCGCCCCGUUUCGUACAUGAGCAAUCACAACGCCGCCGUUCACCCACAGCCCGCACGCCUCACCUACCGCGAGCGACCCACUAAGCUCGACGAUGAUGUCUACCGUUUCGCGAUCCAACGAAUGCGCCAACGGGCCUGCAAAUCCGAGCACGACAGCGAUUCGGCGCGCUCGGUGAACAUGGAGGAUAUUCCCGCCUACGAAGAAGACGACCAGGCACUGCCGACGAGCGUCGCCCACUCGCUGCUCUUCUCACUGCCCCGCGAGAUUCGCGACCGCAUCUACGCCCUUUGCGUGCAGUCGCGCGAUGGUCUGCCCGUCGAAUGGCCGCGGUCAGAGGCGCACCGCAGGCACAACCCCUACGACAUCCAGACCGCGCUGCUCAGGACCUGUCGCGCCGUGCAUUCUGAAGCCGCCCCGCUGCUCUACUCCCUCAACAACCUGACCUUCCACCAUCCGAGUGACGCCAAUGUCUUCGUCCGCGCCAUAUGCGAUCUCCACUUCGGCAUCCGAAUUACGAGCCUCUCACUGCAUGUCAAAGCCGCCGACAUACGCAUGUGGAUGUCCUACCUGAACACCACAGAUCCCACUCGUUCGCUACGCUUCGAUUUCCCGAACCUACGCAACCUAGGUCUGAGGUAUAAGAGCUCGCGCUGGAACCAUGCACAUUCUGCCGAUCACAAUCUGAAGAGCUGGGUGGAUGAUCCGCGCUUGGACGAAUUGCUCGAUGGCAUCAGGGACGUAUACUGCUCGUACUGGUGCAGUCCGCAAGAAGAGAAAGCCAGAGCAGACGAGGAGCAGGAACUCAUAGGGUUUGAUCCGGACAAUUGCUUUCCAGAGCCGCAAGACUCAAAUCCGCAGGAACAAGACCGGCAACGGGAACAUUACUUCUUGCUACGCCAUACACGCCUGGAGCGAGCCCGACAAAAGGAACUUUGUCCCACGAUCCGGAUCUGCUGCGCAUGUAGAGUCCAUCCUACUCAUUUCCAGUCCUUGACGAGACCAGCAGCGGUACAGAUGCCGCAACAUCAGCGGCCGCCUGGGGUUUUGCCAGAGGCUAAAGAUCUGCCGCAAAUACCAGUGGUUGAGGGUGGCCCAUUUCCACCGAACGGCUUCUCGCACAUUGACCUUCAGCGCGAUGUCAAGAAGCUCCACGACCCGGAGCUAGGAAGCGCGAACGUCAGCAGAACACCUUAUGUGCUGAGGAAAGGCGUGCUACUCGCGCUGGAAAUUCACUCUGUAGAUGCACGGCGGGAAUAGAGGUCGAAGAUGGAAGGGGCACAUAGCCUCCGGUAAUUGGCAGGGCUGCUGACAUUGGGUGUAAUGAAUGCAGAGAACAUGAAAUGUACGAUAGGCACCCGAAUUGGCAAAAUGAGCAGGCCUCGGCCUUUGGGGUAUGAGUUGGCUCGUUUUUCACAUCCUCUACCGCUGCAAGAUCUGAAAAGCCCCCCAGUCCAUGAUGUGUAGCCUUGUCGAUUCGCAAUCGACAUACUUGGGGCCUCCUGAAAACAUCAAGGAGAAGGAUAGUCUUCGCUCAGCAUGCGCGUGAG